CCGGUGAACCGUAUCCCCAUCAUGGCUAAGCAGGUGCUGGACCUGUACAUGCUCUACAAGCUGGUGACGGAGAAGGGCGGCCUGGUGGAGGUCAUCAACAAGAAGAUCUGGAGAGAGAUCACGAGAGGACUCAACCUGCCCACCUCCAACGCCUCGGCGUUAAACACCAAACAGAAGAAAAUGCUGUGAAAUUGAGUUAAACAGGGAGGUCAUCCGUAAAUGGGUCUUUGUGUUCAAAAAAAAGGAUUGGCCUGAGCAAGAUUUCCUCAUUUGUGGCGUAGAUGUGCUCAUCUUCAAUUAAAUGGGAAGUGUGAAAAGCAAGCUAAUUAGAGGUCAGCGAAGCUGCAUAGGACCUAGCUAGGCCAAUCACCUCAUGACAGAAAAGUACUUCUAAAUACAUCCAACCACUGCCUCGUCCCACGUUCACCCAGGUAUAUGAAGUACCUGUACCCGUACGAGAGUGAGAAGAAAGGCCUGAGCUCUCCAGGCGAGCUCCAGGCUGCUAUAGACGGUAACCGGAGGGAAGGCCGAAGACCCAGCAACAGCCUGUACCACUUCCCCUCCACCAUUCCUGGCCAAGCCCCCCUCUCUCCCUCCAAGAUGCCCCACCACUCCCUCCUCUCCUCCAAGAUGCCCCACCACUCCCUCCUCUCUCCCUCCAAGAUGCCCCACCACUCCCUCCUCUCUCCCUCCAAGAUGCCCCACCACUCCCUCCUCUCUCCCUCCAAGAUGCCCCACCACUCCCUCCUCUCUCCCUCCAAGAUGCCCCACCACUCCCUCCUUUCUCCCUCCUCCUGGUUUUUAACACAUAAAUGUUUUUGAUAUGUAGUUAGGUGAACAAUAUGGAUGAUUUCCUGUCACCAACAUGUGACUAACUUGUGAUGGGCUACAUAGUUCUGACACCACAUUUAUACAUAAUAAAUGUGGUGUUAUGGCGCCCUCUACUGUCAGAUUUAUUCAGACAUGAUCACUGACCAUCCACAUAGCAUGUACUUGAUAAGGAAACAAAUGACUGACCAUGUUUUUUAAUCUAAUGGCCUUGUUUUGAAAACAUUUGUUAAAUGUUGAAUAUUUCAAAUGUUGACAUUUGCGGUGUGACAUUAAUCUAUGAAAAAAGGACUCCCCCUCUGGUCCCUCUCAGAGGCGAUGUCGACCCCCAUGACGUCAAGCCGUCUACCCAUGGCCAACGCUCUCUCCCUCGGGCAGCAGCAGCUAGCUCAGGCCGCUACCCUGGAGCACCUCCGAGCGAAACUGGAGAGAGGAGGAGAGGGCCCAGACAGGAAGAUGACUCGCUUGGUCAUGGAGGAAGAGCAGAGAUUGAUGCAACAGGCGUUCCAACAGAACCUGUUGGCUAUGGCCUCUCACUUCAACCCCGGCAUGAAGCAACUCAACAACAACAACAACAGACACGGAAUGCUGUUUGCCCAGAACACUCCUAGUGCAGCCUCCGUGACGCCUCCUGCUGAACAGAGUGGUUGUGAUGUCCUCUCCUCCACAUCUUCCUCUUCCUCCAAGGGGCCCAACUGACCGCAGAGUUCUAACACUGGACACCACCAGUCUCUCUCUAGUAAACUCAUGUUAUUCUGUUGUCCUGUGUUAAGGACCAAACCAGUGUUCAAUCAAAUGACCUCUUCUCUAGUCAAACUGGACUAAUCUGUGUUAUGGAUGACAAAUAGGGUUGGAUUUUGAGAAAGUAACUCUUAAAAAACAAAUGUACAUGUCAAGGUAUUGAAUGUACAACUGACUGUUGUCUCUAGUUAAAUAUCUAGAACUACCACUUUCUCCAUGGUCCUUCUCUGAAUACACAUUUGUUUGCAUAGAAACAAUGCAUUCUGGGAAAAUCUCAUCUAAUCUUACAGCCAGGUGAAGAAGCAGCUUGAAUAGUUUAUUUUAUUUAUAUUUUGGUAUGUUUUAUUAGUAGAUGUACAUUUUCUUUCUCCAAUGUUUUUAUUCGGUGAUUAUCAUGUAUAUUCAUGUCAUUCUCAUAACUGCUGUUUUCGUUGUGUACGUCAAUUCAUCGUCUUUGAACGCUACAGCGCUAGCGAGGAAAUGUUUCCCAUAGUGCCACAUACACAAACUGCUUAUGAACAGACAAAUGAAUGUAAGUCAAGUAAGAAAGACUGAAGAUUAGAUUUUAGUUUUCUGAUCAGGUUUAAACAUUUUUAGAAGAAAGCAAAAAUCACGAUAGCGAAGGUUUGUAUAAAAGCAGGUUUAAAAAAACAAAAAACAAUUGAAA